AUGGCCCUUCGCUCCAGGAUGUGGCAGCAGCCGGCCGGCCGCCCCUACGCAGCAAACGUACAGGGGUACCUGCCUGGGCUGCUUCAAACAUCCGUAACUCAAGUUUUUUACCUGGGUGCAGACGCGCUCAUGGCUCUUGCUUACUCCUCCAUCCCCCAGCUGGGCCUGUUUGCCCACCUCUACCCCCCUCCUCUUCUGCCCAAGCCAGGCAAAGACAAUGCCCGGCUGCAGAAGCUCCUCAAACGCACCGCUAAGAAGAAAGCCGCAACUCAGGCCUCGCAAUCUGCCGCACCCUUUCGCUCCAGUCUGUCCCCUGUGAACGAAGCUAGUCCAGAUUUGGAACACAGCGAUCACUCCUCAACUCCACCCAGAACGCCCGAAACACCGUACAGCUUUUAUCGCCAUCAACCCCCGAGAUUUUCAGUAAAACCAGUCAAGUCGUACCAGCAUGUGGCAUCACCCUAUCCCCAGCGUGCUGCAUUUGGACGUGGAGUUGGGUUGUCCCCGCUAACUGUGGCGCCACCUCUGUUCACACCACCCGUUCUCACUUCUCCUUCUUACCCCUCCACCCCACCUGUUACAGAGUCUGCCCCACAGCCUCCAGUGCCCAAAAUAACACUGCCCGCUUCCUCCUUGCUCGACCCAGCAGCUGUAGAAGUGCAAAAACCAGCCUUCAUCGCGCUUCCUGCAACAACAAGGGCACCAAGUCCUGGCUUUUACUCGAUAGAUUUGCCACAGAAGCGACCACUCACUGUGUUAAACCCCACUCUCAAGUCGAAAAGCCCUCAAGUUGCUACAGAAAGCCCAGAAGUUAAGCAGCCUAAAAAGGAUUACCAAGAUGGACUCAAGGUGGUUCGAAAAUUGUUUGGCAAAACUCCAACAGCAGAGAAGAAAGCUUUGGUUGAGACACCAGCUACAACUAAAGCUGAAGUGAAAGAGGAAACAAAGAAAGAGUCAAAGUCAACCAUCAAAAUGGCUGCAUCAGAAUCAAAAAGUGAAAAGAAAGAAGAAUCCGUCCCACCUGCUCAAACUGAGAAUAAGGAGGAAGAUGGGGCCUUAAAAGCUGAGCCUCUUCUCAAAGCUUUGCAAAAGCCAAAAGGCCUGAAAUCAAAGAUGAGUGGUUGGUCCAGGCUCAAGAAGCAUAUGGUGGUUGAGCAAGAGGAGCCCAGGUUUCCAGAAAUGGGCAGCCAAAAUGAGCCAGCAGUUUCGGACAAAAGUAGCGAGGUCAAACCGCCUGAAGUACAAACUGCAGCUGAACCACCAGUUGAGGGACAGGCUACAGACAGAGACAGCCCCAAAGCAACAAAGAUGUGGAAUGCUGUCCUGUUCCAGAUGUUUUCUACUAAAGAGAAUAUCAUGGCGCAGAUUGAGAUGAACAAAAGUGAAGAGGAGAAAACGCAGGAGAAACCGGAAGAGCCUGUCGAGGUCCCUUCAUUUGCACACCGCCUGCCGGUGCUACUGUUUAGCCCCCGAUUUGAUGCUAAGAAGCUCAGAGAGGCAGCAUCCAGGCCAGUGACGAAAAUUUCCACUGUGUUUGAAAUGGGGCUCAUUGGCCGCAAAGGGAAAGACGAGGAACCAAAAGACUUUAAUCGAACAGCAAGAGGGUUCACUGCUUAA